GUUGGGGGAAGAACUUACCCUGGUAAACACAUUUCGACAUAACACCGGGUGCGACCCUUCGUCGUCCCUGAUCACGUGACCCCCGGGAGAAGGAAACGAGCCUGGACUCGGAGCCUCAUCUGAAUUUGCCCUUCCUGUUCGGCACACACACACACACACCACGGUUCCGAGCUCAGGACCGAGUACCCCAGUCUCAUCACUAGUUUCUGGGUUUGGUAGUUAGCAUGUGAGUCGAGACCUCCGAGCGGGCAGCUGGGGUUGAAUUUACCGAAGAAGACGAGAAGAAAACUUUUGGCGUUAGCUAACCUCGGCAAAACCAUGGAUUACUGGAGUGCCUUGGAGGUGUAUAAGGAGAUGGUGCUGCUUUACUUGGACAAAGGUCGGUGGAAGGUCAACUCCUAUUGUGCCGAUAUGGAGCCGUGGCAAAUCAUCGGAGCGUCGGUAGUUGCCGUGCUGGGAGCCGUCUGGGUCAAAGGCUUCCUCUUCCAGCAAGAAAGUCUCACAUCCCGAAUCAGAAAGCAAUGUUUUCAACUCAUCAGGAAACUCCCCUUUGUUGGUGAUUCGAUUCAGAAGCAGCUGAACAAGGCUUUGGAUGACAUGUCUGAGAGUGUGUGCACGCUGAAGGAGGGGAUGAGCUACACUAGAGAGUUACCCUCCAAAGGUCUCUCACAAAACCAAGUCCUGGACAAAAUCAAAGAGUACGACACGCUGAAUGACGUGAAGUGGGAGAAAGGCUGUUGCUCCGGGGCUGUGUACUGGGGGGAUGAAUCCCUGACCAAACUCCUGGUGAAAGUGUAUGGAGAUUUCGCCUGGAGCAACCCUCUACACCCAGACAUCUUUCCUGGUGUGAGGAAGAUGGAAGCCGAAGUUGUUAGAAUGACUUGUACGCUUUUCCACGGCGGACCAAACUCCUGCGGCACGGUCACUUCAGGAGGAACUGAGAGCAUACUGAUGGCCUGCAAGGCGUACAGAGACCUGGCGUACGAACGAGGUGUCAAGUACCCUGAAAUCCUCGCACCUGUGAGUGUUCAUGCUGCGUUUGACAAAGCAGCACAUUAUUUUGGGAUGAAGCUCGUCCACAUUCCUCUCGACAACAAGACCAUGAAAGUAGACGUGAAGGCCAUGAGGAGAGCCAUCAGCAAGAACACAGCCAUGCUAGUCUGCUCGACGCCUCAGUUUCCUCACGGAAUCAUGGAUCCUGUUGAAGAAGUAGCCAAGCUGGCUGUGCGCUACAACGUCCCGCUGCAUGUGGAUGCCUGUCUGGGCGGAUUCCUCAUCGUCUUCAUGGCCAAAGCGGGUUACUCGCUUGCUCCGUUUGACUUCAGAGUAAAGGGUGUUACGAGCAUCUCUGCAGACACCCACAAGUAUGGCUACGCCCCCAAGGGGUCGUCUGUGAUCCUCUACAGCGAUAAAAAGUACCGUCAUUACCAGUACUUUGUGGCUCCAGACUGGCAAGGGGGGAUCUACGCCUCUCCCUCCAUAGCUGGCUCCAGACCGGGGGGGAUCAUCGCGGCCUGCUGGGCCACCAUGAUGCACAUGGGACACAGUGGAUAUGUUGAUGCCACUAGGAGGAUUAUCAGCACCGCUCGAAAGAUCAGGACCGAAAUCCGGAAGAUAAAAGGAGUUUUUGUGUUUGGAGAUCCAGAGGUAUCGGUGGUGGCGAUCGGCUCUGAUGUUUUCGAUGUUUUCCGCCUCUCAAAUGCACUGACGUCAAAGGGCUGGAACCUGAACACGCUCCAGUUCCCAUCCAGCAUCCACAUUUGUUGCACAGUCUUACACACCCAGCCGGGGGUUGCCGAUCGCUUUAUUCGUGAUGUCAAAGAGCAGGUUGCCAUCAUCAUGAAGAACCCCAAAGAGAAAACCACGGGAAUGGGAGCGAUCUACGGCAUGGCCCAGUCCAUCCCAGACAGGUCCCUGGUGACUGAGAUCUCCAGAGGUUUCCUGGACUGUCUCUACAGCACCGAGGUCCCAAAGUCCAACUCAAGUCACAUGAAUGGCAACGGCAAAGCCCACUGAGCGGAAACAGGAGCCUCUGUAGCCUUAACCCCAUCGGGAAACGAGCUCACCACCUCCCUAAACCCUUAACUUAAAUCCCUCAACGGUUGCCUUAUCUUGCAAACUGUGCAGAAAAUAUCUGCAGAGCUCCUUGGAGCAAAAGCCAUCAUCGAGUUAUUUCCUCUAGUUCCUAACAAUGCCAUGGUAGUGUUGGUGUGUCUGAGUGUGUGUUCAUUUGUGCGUGUGUGUGUGUGUGUGUUAUUUUAAGUUUAUUUCACUUUCAAUACUCAUCACAUUCACCCACUAAGCAGAAAGCAAAACCUCUGAGUUUUGCUUUAUCGCCUUAACAUUUCAUGUUGUGUGUGCUGCCCCCUAGCAGGACGACCUUUGUACUGCACACGCCUGGUUGCACGUCUCUGUCAACAUGCAGCACUUCUCCGCACAAGCAGGCAUCUUCUGUGUCUCUGUAAAAGCACUGCGACGCCCUGACGACUACACAUCAGGAUAAAAACUAUGAAAUCACUUGAAAAUUUAUAUUUUUCUGCUUUAACUUGGAUUUGAGACACUUUUGCGGAAGUUAAAGAUGGAUGCGUCUGAAAAGUGGGAGUUUUAAUAUUACGAGUUUUAAAAUUUAGAUUAAAAGAGAUCAAGGGCAUUAAGGGUGUGGGAAUUCCGAGCUUAUUGAUGAUUUUUGGCUCAUUUUUUAGGAUUAAAGCCUCUCAACUUGUGGUCUACUGUAAUAUUUUCAAUUAGCAUGAAUCAACAGUUAAUAGUGGCCUGUGUAUUGAUUCAGUCUACCUCAGUUCCUACUCAAUGCAAACAUCAUCUUUACCUCCACUGAAUCAGCCGUAAGUUUCCCACAUCGACUCGUUUACCAUCUCUGAUACUAGUUUAGGUAAAUACUCUGAAAAGGGAUCAAAUCCACCUCGAAGAAGGGUUUAAAUUCACAAAUAUACAUGUUAGCCUUAUUUUGGGGGGGGGUAUGCCUUUUUACACACCUGUUAUACUGUUUUCUGAUUUAAAGGUUAAAGCACAUCAUUACCCAGAAAGGACAUUGUUUGAUUAAUUGGUUGUGCUUAACUGUUUUUAUUGUAAUUUUUCCACGUGUGCAAUAAGUCUUUCUGUCAUGAAGUGAAACAUGGGAGAAAAUCUGCUUUUUAAUGUUUGUUUAAGCAGAAUAUUGAGUGCUACUAAUUGGUUUUCUAAGUGAUUUAAACAUCUGUAUGAUCACUGUUUUAUUAAUAAUAAUCACUGUUAAAUUGGGGGGGGGGGGCACAAAUGUGUUUUUUGCAUCUUGUUGAAUCUUUUCCAUCUUGUAAAUCAGUUCCUGCUCCAUGGGUCACGCCCAGCCUGAAUUUCAACAAUCAUGUUUUGCUCUAAAUGAAUGAAACUAAAAUCCGCUAACAAUUGUUAAAGUUUUCCAAAUAAAGACUUUUAAUGUUA